GCUCUCCAACUUGACGGUCUUUGCCUGACAGCUCGCUCCACCGUCACGGUUGCAGACAGUAAACUCAUCUGGCGCUGCUUUCUGCAGUCACUGACGACCUUGCAGCUGACUGAACUGAUCGAAAAUGCUCUCCUACAUCGUCGGUGUAAGUAUAUCUCAAAGAGAACAUGUCAGACUUCUUUAAUAUCCGCUAAUUCCUUUGCGUUAGCUGCAGCUAACAUUAGCCCUUCAGUGAGUUUUCCUUAUGAAGUGGGUCUCAGUCAGGCCUGCCCACAGGAAUGGCCGUGACUCAUUUCUUCUGUUGUGGAUUAAACUAAACGACCUUAGUUAGACAACGCCCAACAGAGGGGUUGGAAAGCUGCUUUGUAGCUAAUGCUAACUUCAUCUGAUUAAGUCAGCCUAAUGCUUUUGUUUUUGUUUUAUCCCAGCUGAUCAGAGGAGGCUUUGACAGCAUCAUCAACCUGAUCUUCAGACUUUUAUUCCGAAAGAGGAGACCUGCCAUCACCUUAGAGGACCCCAACAUCAAGUAUGCUCUGCGACUGCUGGACAAAGAGGUAUGAAACAUCCAAACAGGGUUAUAGUUUUGCACAAAGACAGGAGUGAAGAUAGAAGGUCUGCAGGAUAAAAGAAUAAUCUGAUGUUGCUGCACAUGCAAGUGUGGCCAUUAUCUCCAGGUCAACCAGCAGGUAGAAGUUUCACUGCCAAAAACUGAGGCUAUUGCCAUGUCUGUGUUGCAAAUGCAGCAAUCGAUUUUGAGUUGAUAUUAGACAUGUUUACAGGUGCAGCUCGAAGAAUGUGGAACUCAUGUUUGAUAUUUAUUCACUCAAUAAUCUGGAUAUUUCAUUUUGAGUUGAAGUUGAUCACUAAUCAAACAGAACAAACACUGUGUGUCUGUUGGUCUACAACUAUAUCAAAACAUGCAACCGUUAUCAUUGGGAAGACAUCUGGCUUGAUAUUCGUCCAGAUCCUUGACAUUUAAACCCCCCUCCCCGAGGAGAGUAAGCCACUGAAGGUCAGUGCUGAAAAGGCUGGCUGUUCACAGAGUGCUGUAGUGGAGUAUAUUAAUGGGAAGUUAUCUGAAGUUAUCCGAAAAUGGCAUUAAACGCUUCGACAUCACUACUAAACAAACUGGUGUGGCUACGUACUGAUAAAUCAUCUCUAAGCACAUGGCAGUCACAGUGAUACACGAAGCAGUCCUCAGAGACUCAUAUGGAAAGACAAGUAGUUUUUUCAUAAAAGGUGAUCAAGUAACAGGGGUGAGCUGUGAGUGGAUUAUCAAGAAAAGUUGAUUCAAGAUGUCAGGAAGCAUAGUAGUGGAUAGAGACUGGUGACAGAGUAUUAAGAGCAACUACACUGUGAAUUCUCAGGAAAGAGGCUACAAGUGUUGAAUGCCCGAUAUUAAAACACCCCUAAAGACGGUAUCAGAAACAUCAUUUGGAAAUCAAGUCUCUGAGGACUCAGCAUCUCCACUCACUGACAAGGUUGGUGGAGAUGCUGAUUUCCUCUUCCAGCAGGAGUUUGCACCUGCCCACAGCGCCAAAACUUCUACCAAGUGGUUUGCUCACCAUGGUAUCGCUGUGCAAACUCAUCUGAUCUGAAUCCAACUGAGAAUUCGUGAGAUAUUUGACAAGAGGGAGGUGAGAAAAACAUGACACAAAAAUACAGACCAGCUGGAAGCUGUUUUUAAAACAACCUGUGCCUCACCUCAGUGAUGCUGAAUACUGCAGGUCAAAAAAGGCUUUUGAUUUUCCACUCAAGAUCCAUGGAUAGAGAUAUAUGAAAGUUUGUUUUUUACCUGUGUAGUCAAAAAACUAAUGGGGACUUUUUCAUGAUAAUCAAAUAUUUUGAGCUGCACUUGAAUAGUUUGAAAUACCAGGAUGUCAGGUGACUAAAAAUAUUUGAAUUAUUGCUCUGUAUUCAAAACUAUCCCUUACUUUCUGUCCAACUGCUUGUUUACAGGUGCCUCUAUAUCUAUAAGAUGUAAACAAUUUUCAAGUCAGUCAAGCAAGUCUCACUGAAGCCUAUAGAGGAGAUUAUAUUCCUCGAGUAUUUAAGAAUUGGUAUCUUUAGGUAUUUUCAGCUCUGACCGUCUCUUCUGUGUUUUUUCAUGUUCAGAUUGUCAGCCAUGACACAAGAAGGUUUCGCUUCGCUCUGCCCUCCCCUGACCACGUUCUGGGUCUCCCCAUUGGUUAGUAAAUUCAUUUUAAGACUCUUCUGUUUUAUUGUAGUUUAGAAAUGAACUUUCUUUUUCUUAUAUGAACUUCCUUAAAGAAUAAAGAUGGGAAUAAUGUGAAGGAUCAGGUUUGGUGUUUGUUAUUAAGUGUUUGUUCAACUCUGGCUGAGAGGAAUGAGGGCAUGACUGCACAUAUUUGAGUUUUUGAGUUGCAGUUCACAGUGGCCGUAAAAACACACCUAGUAAAUGUAAUGAAGAGUUUAAUGUUCAGUUUUAUCACCUUUAAAAAUACAUAUUUACAGAGUCCAGAACAUGUGCAUCAGCAAACUUUAGUGACAUACUAUAGUGUUCAAGGACAAGAGUAAAGCUCAAAGUGAGGGCGUUCAAGGUCAUUCAAACACAUCAAAUAAAACUUAUAAAGAUCUCUCAGUACAACAUAGUUAUCUGAAAAAUCAUCUGUAAAUUGAGAACCCAGUGACAUGGGUACCAGCUGAAUUUAGUAAGAAUAUCAUGAUGAUUAAAAGCACAGCAUUUCAGAUAGUCAUAGUACUCAGUUGGUGAGUUGACGGUCAUAAAUAAACUCAAUAAAACAAAAAAAGAUCAAAGUACGAAUGGUUAUCUGAGAUAUCAUUUGUAGAUUGAAACCCUGGACAUGAGUACCAGUAAAAUGACUAAUAUCAUGCCAAUAAAUAUAAGUACAACACUAUUGAAAGCCACAGCUCACACUGGGUGACACAUGAGUCAUAAAUAAACGCCUAAUUAAGAGGGUUCAAUGCAGUAUGAAUUUCUGAAAAAUCAUAUGUAUAUUGAGAACCCUGGACAGAAGUUCAAGCAAAACUAAGUAAUAUUAUGUCAGUAGUUAGAAGUACAGCAUUACCUGGAGGGGUCUUAAGUUCCACCUAAUAACAUUAAUUAAGAGGUCUAAGUACGGUCUGAAUAUUUGGAAAAAUCAUGUGUAGAUUAAGAACCCUGAAAAAGUGCAAAAAACUCGAUCAGGCAAAUGAACCAAAGUAAAGCAUUAUUUAAAGCAAUAUUUCAUAAUGGGUGUGUCAUAAAAACACAUGCGUUAAAAACAUUUUAUAGUUUGAGAACCCUGAUGUUAACAGUUAUAAUUUAAUAAUAUGAAGCUAGUGAAUGAAAGUAAGGCCUUACUGAAAUGAGCAUGACAAAUGUGAAGUUUACAGAUUACAACAACAGGAAAAUUGACAUUUUUGAAAGUGGACAUUUUUGAAAACUGAAAACUAGGGUCACAAAUAACUCUUAUUUUUCAUAACUUAAAAAAUCUCUGCAUCAGUUUCUUCACUGCUCAGUGUAGCGCCUUCAAGUGUUUUAACAGCCUUUUAACCCAAAAACCCAGAUAUUAAUUUAAAUUAGAAAAAUAGAGUGAGUAACUUCUCAAGCUUCAGAUUAAUGUCUUCAUGUUUUUUUUUUUUUUCUCCAGGGCAGCAUAUUUAUUUGUCUGCAAAAGUAGACGGGAAGCUUGUUGUCCGUCCGUACACUCCUGUCUCCAGCGAUGAUGACAAAGGCUACGUGGACCUGGUGGUGAAGGUAUAAUAGACCGAAAUAUUUCCCUGGAUUUCCCUUAGUAGAGAGUUGUAUCAUUCUAAACCACUGUCCUGUCGUUUGUUGUUUUUUGUUUACAGAUUUACUUCAAAAAUGUUCAUCCUAAAUUCCCUGAAGGCGGGAAAAUGAGUCAGUACCUGGAGAGCCUGAGGAUCAACGACACUAUCGACUUCAGAGGACCCAGUGGGCUUCUUGUUUACAAAGGCAAAGGUCAGAUAUAUAACUUCCUGUCCGAGCAGAAUAAGUAGAAGGAUUAGAGGGUUUAAAUCCCCUCUGGUACACAAACAGCUUCUGAUGGUGUUUGUUCCUCCUUACUUUAGGUGUUUUUGCCAUUCAGCCUGAGAAAAAGGCUCCAGCUGAGACCAAGACAGCCAAACAUGUGGGCAUGAUCGCUGGAGGGACAGGUAAGAGGAACAUCUUCUUCUUCACCCAUGAAAACUAACUGAUUUUCAUUAAAAAUCAACACAACAAGAAAAAGUACUGCCUCAGUUUAAGUCAAAAUAUUUUUACACGCAGAUGAAAAAGUGAGAAAACCAUCUGCUCAAACUUUAAUUUCUUCAUCCAGUUACAUGGUUUUCUCCGUCAGUCUCAGCUGUCAUGUUAAACCCUGUGUUGUCUCUUGCUGUGAAGUGGGAGGGGCUUUGCUGUGUUGUUUGGUUACUGUCAAACAUAUCUGAUCUAACACACACACACACACACACACACAGAGUCUACAUGAAGAUUAGCUGAGUUGGAGGGUUACAGAUGUCUAUAACUUGGUGCAUAAAUUGCGUGUUUUAUGCACACCUAUAAAUCAGCAUGCUUGCGUCUUAUUUUUGUUUUUGUAUGUUUGUUUGAUAUUAUCAGUGUUUGUGUGUUAGUAUGCAUGUGUAUUUGUGUGUUUUUAAGUAUGCAUGUUUGUGAGGAGAAGUUUAAGUUUGCUACAUGAGUGUGCACCUAUGUUUGUAAUCUGGACGUGUUUAUGCAUGUGCAGAGUGUAUGACUAAAGUAUUUAUUUCACAUAAAGCUCAGUGUGUAGUCUGCUGUUUAAUCGCGCAGAAGUUGCAUUUAUCAGGAUGUGGUUUCGUUCAUAUUUAGGUCAGUAUCAGGUGCAGAAUUUAAGGGUUAAUCUUGAUUGGUUAAUUGCAGAAAACUUAAAGUGAUAACAGCUUAGUCAUGACAGUACAUGUAUGUAGUAGAUAUGUAUUUGAUUCCAAGAGUUGAAAGCAUUUUUGUAUUUUUAAACUUCUCCAAUUUGAAAUCACACAUGACAUGACUUCCCUUAUCCAGUGGCUAUAAAAAGUGGAAGAGAGUCUUUCCAUUUCAUACAAAAUUAGUCUCCUGGCUAAAAGAGAUCCACAUGCUAACAUACUGGGGGGGUGUUAGUAUUUUUAAAGCUACUGUAAGGAAUUUUUGAGUUGUUCUGAAAAAGAAAAAAAUUUGCAGUGAUGUCUUUUUGCGCCCUUAAGUCCUCCCAAGCAUGUUUUUUUUUCUAUGAUAGAGUUUAGUUUGCAAAUGUUUUAAAUUAUUAACCUUUGUGUUACUCAUUAGUGUGAACGUUUGAUAGGAGUUGCCAAGUCAUGAUUAUCACACAAAUAUUUGCACAAGGACUGUUUUUUAAUGACAGGAUCAUUUAAAGCAGCCCACACCAAGUCACAACCUGGAUAUAAAACAGGAACGGUGUUUAAAAUGUGACCCAUGAACGAACAAGCUUGUGUCUCCCUCCAGGAAUCACCCCCAUGUUGCAGCUGAUCACGGCGGUGAUGAAGGAUCCUCAGGACACGACGGUGUGUUACCUGCUGUUUGCCAACCAGGUCAGUUUGAACAGCUGGGAUCGAGUUCUGUUUGUUUGUCUGUGUUUAACUGAGUAAAGGUGGAUUAUAUCAUAGCAGAGGUGACAUUCAAACUUUCUUCUUCCUGCUCCGUCACAGACUGAGAAAGACAUCCUGUUGAGACCAGAACUGGAGGAGAUUCAGGCCAAUCACCCCGACCGGUUUAAGCUGUGGUUCACCGUGGAUAGAGCACCUGCUGGUAUGGCUCCUCACUACACUUGACACUGUUUAUUUAUUAAGCCACAAAUAUGAUCUGGAAUAUAUCAGGAAAUGGUCUUAAAAGUGUGCAACAAGUUCUAAGGACUCUGAAGGACUCUGAAGGACUCUGAAGGACUCUCCCAGUUUGAUCUUUAACAUUCACCCGUUUUUAAAUAUGUCGUUAUUGAUCAGUUUUUGUCAGGAAGGAGUCUUAGAUGCUUGUUUGAUACUGAAGCUCUGUGGUGUCUGUGGAGCAUAAUGAGCUGUCUCUGCAGAAACUCUGUGGCUUCAGUUGGUCAUGUGACUGAUAAGACAUGAGGCCACAUGUGGUGAAGGCUGAUGUGGAAAGUCCUGGUCAGUCAUGUAAACCCUAUACUUACAAAUUUGACCUCAUUGGUCAAAAACAUCAUAUUAUAAUAAGGACUUCUACAGAUAAAAACAAACCUGAACAAAGACAAAAUAAUUCGUACUGAGAGGAGGUUUAAGAGUUAAAACUUGACGAAUAGAGGAUUAUUCUUAUCGGUCAUCAUAGGAGCUUCUUGUCCUUUGAAGGCCACCAUCACUUGUUGAGCUUCACCAACAGCAGGAAUGAGCAAAGGGGGUGUUUGAACCAAGUGUCCAGCUGUUAGAUAUCAAUAAAUAUUUACUUUCUACUCACAGUACCUUUAAGAAAUACAGAAGUAAGUUGAUAUUGAGCAUAUAAAAAGGAUCCUUCUAAAAAACUCCAGUAUUAGAAACAUAAUGUAAGGGACCGUCAAUAAAUUACCGGUUGAUGUUCUCAGAAAAGGCUGCUUUCCUUCAAUAGCUUCCAUGUCAUGUGACCAAUUGACCUAAAAUUGAUUUCAAAUAAUAGUGCUUAUGUCAACCAUAGGAGACAAAAAUUAUUUGAUCAAUUUUCCUUGUGCCCCUAAAGUUCUGUGUGUGCUCCGUGCCCCUUGUGAAAAAGUUAGUGUCAAGCCCUGAGAUGAUAAUCGGUCUUUUCUUAAUCUUCAGAUUUUAAAAAAACAGAUCAACCUGUAAUUUAAUGCUCAUUCCUUAAAUGUUACUGAACUACUUAUACCCUGGGAUUACAGCUGAACGCAUAUCAACACUUUGCUAACUCUCAGAAAAGCUAAAAUCGGGUCUCGAUAAACUAUCUUACCCUGAGUUGUUUGAAUACACUGGAGUGUUUUUGUGUUUCAGACUGGGAGUACAGCCAAGGCUUCAUCAAUGAAGACAUGGUGAAGGAACACCUUCCUCCCCCUGGCGACGACACCCUUAUCCUCAUGUGUGGACCUCCUCCCAUGAUCCAGUUCGCCUGCAACCCAAACCUGGACAAAGUGGGACACUCAGCUGGUAGAAGGUUCGCCUUCUAGACGUUAGCUCACUCCAAAGAACCGAGGUUUGGGAUUAUGAGGCGUUCAGUUCGUAUUUACUCUGCCCUGAAACAAUUGCAGCACUCGUACAGUCGUGGUGGGUUUUGCACUAUGUAUACUACUUUAUUUAUGCCAUGAUGUUUAUCAUGCAGCAGAAUCACAGCAAGGACCAAUUCAUGUCGUCAGGAGGUGUAGCAGAGGGAGGGAGCGAGGUGGAGGAGGUUUGAGGCAUUAAGAGGAUGUUUGGGAUGCAGAAGGAAAAGUUGUGUUCAGGUUGUCGGCGCUAAACAUGGAUGUGAUUCAGAAUAUGUUGCAAACAGACCCUGCUGUCCUGCUGAGGCCUCAGUUUGGGUUUCAUAUCAGAGGAGCUGAGGUUCCCUGGCUGUUUUCUGAGUGCCUUAACACAUGCAAAGCUUUUUUAUGCACAGGCAAAGAAUAAAAAUUGUGACCACUAGCUUUCAUAUUGAACAAAAUUGUAUUAUUCCAUAACUGCUGUUGAGUAUUUGUAAGAGACACCUGCCCUUUAUCUGUAGUCGAGUCAGAGAUGUUGGUAUUUUGUUAGAGAUGGUUUAUAGGUGUAAUGUGGUUGUUCAUGAGGGUGUUCGCUGCAAGUGUGUGUUCAGUUAUGCAACAUAAAAUUGACUGCUUUUGAUCCUGAUGUUUUUAGUACCAGUUUGUUACAUUUGCUCAAAGAUCAGUCUGCAGUCUUUAAACUAGGGAUGCACGAUGUGGAUUAUUGCUGAUAUACAAUAUGCCGAUAUUUUCAGACUGAUACUGAUAUAUGCCGAUAUAAACACAAAGUACAGAAUGCAAAAUUUCUUCAGGCUGUGAUUGCAUGCACAUUAUUAAUGCAUCACCUUUUCCAAUAUCCAACUUUUUCAGCUAUUAUCUGGUGAUAUAAAUUGUGCUGACAUCGUGCACCCCUACUUUAAACCAACCUCAUAAACUGUUGUAGCAUCUUCUGAGUCCUAAAAAGACUGAAAAAAAAUAAUAAAUGCAUUUUUUCCUUUUAUUACAAAAAAUGAAAAACAUUGACUUUGGUUUCUUCAUUUAUGUUGUUUCUCAAAGAAAUACCUCAAAAUUUUCAGAAAAUUCAUAGUUAAAUCAGAGUUUAGAAGUCAUGUCUGCAAAGUACAGCGCUGAAGCCAGGAGUUCGUUAAUUUAGCAUAAAGACUAUGAGCAGAGAGAAAAGCUUAGCCUGGCAGCCCCUCUUCAGCUCACCAGUAACACUUCUGAUUUGUUUAAUCCAUCGAAUAAAAAGGAAAAGAAAAGUGGUAAUUGUGGUUUUAGGAGAUUUUGUGCUGAAGUGAGGAGCUUUGGGAUUAAUCAGAAGUGAUAUAUGUUAAUUAUUGAGCUUUAAAGAGAGACAGGCUAACUUUUCCCCUGUAUUUCAAGUGUUUAUGCUCAGCUAAUCAGUGCCUGGCUUCAAACUGAAACAUUUUCUUACUUUUUUAAGUUUCAGGGAUCUCAAAACUCAGACGAAUCCCACCAAAAAAUAAAAAUCUGCAUCAGGAAACCUUUAAAAGUCAAGGAGGAGUUUCCUCUAGUUUCACGUACCACAAAUAAAACUCCAUCUGGCUGCAACUGAGGAACUCAAACUCCUUCAUAUAACACUUGUAUGAAUACCUCAAUGAUUACCUAAAAGAAAACACAAAUGGCUGAAUACUAAAACAAAUGCAGAAGGAGGUACAUGUAUGUCUGUAUUAAAAUCCUGCAUUUUCUGUUCAUGCAUUAUGAUUUUUGGCAGCUUCAAUAAAUAUAUGUGGUCAAAAAAAA